GGCGCAUGUGCGUGCGUCAUCAGGGCGCCUCUGGAAGUGUCCGCUGGGAGUUCUGGAGACCCGGUGAGCGCGGGAACCCUGGCAUAGAGGGGUGAGAGCUGCGAACGCCCACGGCAAACCUAACGGCCUAUGGUGAUGAAUCUCUAACACUUCUUCAGACCCAAUUCUGAGGCUUGAGUCAUCCCGGUGACUCACUGAAUUCUUCUGCACAAUGGCCAUCCCCAAGAGCCCUCUGAGCCCAGUACGGUGGGAACAGGAUAGCUUCCUUCAGAUGAAGGUGAAAGAGGAGGAAGAAGCUAGCGACUCCCAGAGCCAGGAAUCCAGCCCUAGCUUUACUGCCCACCCUGAGGCUGCACGCUUGCGCUUCAGGCACUUCCGCUAUGAGGAGGCAUCCAGCCCCCAUCAGGCGCUAGCCCAACUUCGAGAGCUAUGUUGCCAGUGGCUGAGGCCAGAGUCGUCCUCCAAAGAACAGAUGCUGGAGUUGCUGGUGCUGGAGCAGUUCCUGGGUGCACUGCCCCCUGAGAUCCAGGCCUGGGUGGGUGCUCAGUGCCCAAAGAGUGGAAAGGAGGCUGCCGUUCUGGUGGAGGAUAUGACUCAACUGCUGGACAGGAGAGGAUGGGAGCCAGGAGUGGAAUGUGAAGAGGCAAGUUGCAAACAGAGCAAUACAGAUGAAUUGGAGCCACCAAAAAUGGCGACUGAAACAGUCAUGGGAAGUGUUUUGCCAAAAUCUACCCUUGCCCACACUUGUAAACCUGAGAGCCACUCAGAGAGCCAGCCAGAACUCCUAGGAGCACUCUGGAUGAAGUCUACUGCCCAAGAGAUGGAUUUCAGAAAAGCUCUGGGACCUCACAUGGAUGCCCCCAAAGACCAGCCUGGCCCUGAGUCUGAUGCCUCAGGAAACGGUUCCAACAUGUGGCCCAACUUCCCUUCCCAAGACAAGGCUUCUUCAGAGGAGAAAUUUGGCCCAUUACUUGAUAAUGAGACAGUGCCUCCAGAUACUUGCUCAGAGAAGAAGUCCUCCAAGGAUAGUGAAUGUUUGAAAACAUUCCAGAACACUUCAGCCCUGGAGGCCCACCAGAAGAGCCACUCUCAGAAGACGCCCUAUGCCUGUACUGAGUGUGGGAAGGUAUUCAGUCGGAGCACCCACCUUGUCCAACACCAGGUUGUUCACACAGGAGCAAAGCCCCAUGCGUGUAAAGAGUGUGGUAAAGCCUUCAGCCGAGUUGCCCACCUGACACAGCACCAGAGGAUUCAUACCGGGGAGAAGCCUUAUAAAUGUGAGGAAUGUGGUAAAACCUUCAGCCGCAGCACCCACCUCACGCAGCAUCAGCGAGUACACACAGGUGAGCGGCCCUAUGAGUGUGAUACAUGCGGCAAAGCCUUCAGCCAGAGCACCCACCUGACACAGCACCAGCGCAUCCACACUGGGGAGAAACCCUACAGGUGUGAUGUGUGUGGGAAAGCCUUCAGUGACUGUUCAGCUCUGGUCCGGCACCUGAGAGUCCACUCUGGAGAGAAGCCUUAUCAAUGUAAGGACUGCCCAAAGGCCUUCGCACAAAGCUCCUCCCUCAUCGAGCACCAGCGCACUCACACGGGUGAAAAACCUUAUAAAUGCAGUGACUGUGGGAAAGCUUUUAGCCGCAGCUCAGCUCUCAUGGUGCACCUAAAGAUCCAUAUCACCGUGACUCGAAGCACCCCUUAGAGUACAGCACAGCCUCCCUGAAAGGAUUGACAUCUAAGAAAUCUGGUAAUUGUGCUACCCAGUGUCGAAGGGCAGAGUGGGGUUAUCUGGGAACACAUCUACAUUUGAGGUCCCAGGGGAAAUCCCUAAUGAACACGGAUUCAGACCAGUUGGUGGUGAAGCUUCUAGAAGCUUCCUACCGCCCUCUGUAUCCCACUCAGGCUGGUCCCAGAGAGAAGAUACUAGUGAACUGAUGAUCUGCAUUGUUUCUUGGAACCUGAGCAAGUAAAGCCAGGUGUCUUUCCAGGCUCAGAUGGCCCAGGAUCCUUGAGGCAGGAAGACCCAAGCUUCAGGUUCUCACAUGGUUACUGUUCUUGCCGGUUCUUUGCUGGUCAGCCUAGAAUGGCCCACUCUGUGCCUUUGCACCUGCUUCCCCACCAUAUUACUGUAUGCCUAACUCCCAGACAGCCUUGGGAGGCUGCCUCUCCAUGCCAUCCCUCUCAUGUUUUCCCUGCUUUAAUCCACAGUGUCUGUCGUCUCCUCCCACAUCUUCUUUCCAUAUCUCACAGGCUCCAGCCCUGUGGAUUCACCUCAGACUCAUCUCUAAUCUAGCCCCUCCUGUAGUAUCACCUCCUGUGAGCUCACCUUGGCCUCCCACUGGAUUUUUAUCAGGGCUCUCCUUUCUCACCUCUUCCUGCCUUCAUUCCAUCCCCACCCACUUUCUUCCUGGCGCAUCUCUUUCUGCUACCCAGAUCACAGUGACAUGACACAUCAUUCCAUGACACAAUAUGUUGUCAGUGAGUCACCUCUUCAACAAACAAGCAUGCCAGGAUAUAUGUCACUUUGGCCCAAGCAAUUACUCUAGGUAUCCUCAAAUGUUGUCAAAUAAGAAUGUUGUCAUUUGUCUUUGAGCACAGUGUGUGAAAGUGACUUCAAAGUACUGGUCUGCCUGUUGGGCAAACUACA